UACUUUCUUAUUGUCUAACACUUAUGUAUGCUCCUUACGUUUAGGAGAGACAAAAAAAGAGAAAAUGGAAAACACCUUGUACAAGAAGCAUUUUGUACUAGUACAUGGCUCAUGCCAUGGCGCAUGGUGCUGGUACAAGCUUAAGCCGAUGAUAGAGACCGCAGGACACCGCGUAACGGUGCUUGACAUGGCGGCUUCAGGGAUCAACCCCAAGAAUAUCGAUGAACUUCAAACUCUUCGUGAUUACUCUGAGCCAUUGAUUGAAUUCAUGAAGUCUGUUCCUGAUGAUCAGAAAGUGAUACUUGUUGGGCAUAGCUAUGGAGGGCUCAACAUAUCAGUGGUUAUGGAGAUGUUCCCUCACAAAAUUCAUGUUGCUGUUUUUCUCGCAGCUUUUAUGCCUGAUUCUCGCCACACCCCUUCCUUUAUUUUUGAUGAGUUCACUGCAAGACUGCCACCAGAUUACUGGUUGGACACUAAAUUCAAGAGCUCCGGUGACCCGAAGGAGACCCCUACAACAUUUCUUUUUGGUCCACAGUUCUUAUCUAAGCUCUAUCGCCUGUCUCCGGUUGAGGAUUUGGAGCUUGCUUUGACAUUGGUAAGGCCAACAUCAUUGUUUCUUAAUGAUCUUUGGAGGCCAGAAACUAAGCUUUCCAAGGAGAGAUAUGGAUCGGUGAGGCGCGUCUAUGUGAUUGCCCAAAAAGAUGAAGCAAUACCUCCACCCUUUCAAUGGUGGAUGAUUCAGAAUGACGGAGUGAAAGAGGUGAGGGAGCUUAAAGGCUCGGAUCACAUGGCCAUGUUUUCCGUCCCCAAACAGCUCUUUCAUUACCUUUUGGAGAUAGCCCGUUGGCCAUAAUAACAUAAUAAUCCUCGUUCUGGAAUUUAUAAUCACGUUGAUUGUAAUUUGAACUCGAAUUCCUCUGUAUGCACAAAAAUUAAGAAUAAAUAUAAAAUAAGUGCAUAAAAUGCUUCUCAAAGAAUUGCACAACUGUACUCUGAGUACUGCAAGCUUAAGCUUUAGCUUAGUUCCAGGACUACAUAUCAACUCGAUUGAUCAUAGGUAUUAGUAUCUGCACCAAGAGGGCUUUUGCUCGCACCCUACUUUACAUGAAGAGGUAAUAAUAUACAGACAAAAUAUGAGGAUGUACUAAAUGCUAUGCCAGAAAAUCUGGGACCAACUCUCUUCCUCCUCUCAAGAAUGUACUCUUAAAUCUUAAUUACCUUCAAAGGAAGCCUGUCUGUCAUGACUCAUCUCCUAUCCCACAGACACGUCGCCAGGAUACCUUGGUGAAAGAUUUAUAUUAGGAACCCAAAUUGACAGAUUGAUUUGAUUCCCUCGUUCUGUAGCCGACAAGGCAAGGAAUUUGAAUUGUCGCUGAGUAAGAAUUAUGAACAUCACCUAUUAAUUCGUGUCACUAUGUACCGUCCUUUCUCCAAAUCAUAAAUAGUUUUCAAGUAUGGUUUCCUCCAAUGAGAAGCAUAACAAGCUGUAAAGAUCAACAAGAAUGCCACACCCACAAUCAAGAAAACGUUAGGGAAGUCGCUGGUUAGAGAAGCCAUCCACCCGUGGUUUGCUCCAUUGGUAGCAGCCGUUGU